AUGGCGGUCCGAGUAUGCGUAAUUGGUGCUGGCCUCACGGGAUUGAUGGCUUUGAAGAAUUUGAAAGAAGACGGGUUUGAAGUCACGGCAUUUGAGAAGAAACCGUAUGUUGGAGGUAUUUGGAAGCCAACACAAGAUUCAUCCCUCUCCGUUACACCUAGUACAGUCCUCAACACCAGUCGGUUUCGCAGUUCGAUCUCUGAUUUUCCAUUCCCGGAGGAGGUGGACGAUUUUCCCACUAGCGAACAGAUCCAUCGAUACCUAGAAAGCUAUGCUGACCACUUUGAACUUCGACCCCACAUUCAGCUCGACGCUGAAGUCAAGGAUCUGAGAAGGGCUGAUGACAAAUGGGAAGUCGAGGUCCUCGUCAACGGCACCCAAACGAUCGUCCAGCGAUUUGAUAAGAUCCUGUCUGCGACUGGACUUUUUGCGGGCCCCAAAUACCCCAAACAGAGUCUGGCCGGAGCCGAAAAUUUCAAAGGCUCCGUGAUCCAUGCCAUUGACUUUUCAGACGGGUCUCGAUACCAAAAUCAGAAUGUCUUGUUGGUCGGAUUGCACGCAACCGCAACGGACAUGGUGAAGGAACUAGCAGGAAACGCCAGAAAGGUGUAUAUUGCUCAUAGGAGCGGUGUGAUCCUGGCUCCCCGGUACACGCCGGAUGGCCGUACUUUUGACUAUGACAUGAACCUACGGUUUGUGGCCUUCCAAGUCUUUGCAGACAAAUGGUUUCCCAACCUGCUCAACGCUUUCCUGGAUCGUGUCUUAAAAUCGAUGUCCAAGAAAGCAUUUCCCCACCAGCCCAAGGAAUGGAGCCUCUCACCUGCGCAGUCUGUUGCUGUCUCUCUUCCACUUGUAGCAGAUGAGCUCUAUGCCUUCUUGAACACCGGCUUUGCCACUCCGGUGCCAAACACCCGGAAGGUUGUUGGUCCAAAGUCAAUCGAACUGACCGAUGGACGUGUGUUGGAAGAUAUUGAUGCAAUCGUGUAUUGUACGGGAUACGAAUUCGCGGUACCCCUCAUGCCACCGGAGUAUAACCCGUAUCCGAUCGUGGGUGAAGCUCCCAUGCUGUACCAAAAUAUCUUCCCGCUCCAUCCCGACCCAGCCGUCCGCAAUUCCUUGGCGUUCGUGGGCCAAGGAGUUACCUCGUUCAUAGGUCUUGUUCAAUAUGAGUUGGAAGUAAUGGCUAUCUCACAGAUUUGGCAAGGCAGAUCUGUACUCCCAUCACUCUCGGAAAUGAAAAAGUGGCGUGAAGACAAUGUCAAGGCGAUGAAGAGGCUCCUCGCGUAUCACAGACAUGAGGGGACGUUCUAUGUCGUCAUUCUUCCUAUCCAUUCCUUUCUGACAUGGCUGGAUAGAACCGCCGGGACCGGAAUCUUCGACCAUUUCGGCUGGUUCAAAUGGCGAGGAUGGAAGCUCUGGUGGAACGAGCCAAAACUUUACCAGAUGUGCCUGGGAGGUGUAUUCUCGCCCACGAUAUGGCGACUAUUCGACAUGGGUCGCCGAAAGCCGUGGGGUGGCGCUAGGAAACAGCUGCUCGAGGAUAACAGGAUUGCGGAUGAAAGAUGCGAGAAACGGUUGAGAGCAAUGAAGGAGGAGAGCCGCAAGAAUAUAUAA